CAAUCAUAAAAAGAGCAUAACUUUCAUUAACAACAACAACGACAACAAAUAAAGGAGUAGAGAAGGAAACCAACAACAACUACACACAAAUAACAAAGAGUAGAGAAAAGUAAAGUGUGCUUUUGCAAACAAUCAACAAACAUUUGCAAGGAGUAAAGAAAGACCUGUAGUCGCAUUCAACUUUCAAAAAGGAUUAAAUCUAAUUUAAAACAUCUUUAAACAUUUAAAGAAAUCUUCGGUGCAAAUAAGCUCAUCACACACCUCCUUCUACAACAAUUCUUCGCUAUAUUUUUGGAUUAGCUGUGUUUGAAACUUCAUGUGAAAUUUCUUUCUUUUCUUUAUUUAAAUAAGAGUUUCAAACACAAAUCAAAAUUUUUUGGAUAAAAUAUCACCUAAAAGCCUGAAAUACAAAACUACCACAAGAAUAAAUCAACUAAUUUUUGGAAAUAUAUUUUUGCUGCUAAAUCUCUAAUUUAUCCUACUUAUAUGCACCUUAUACACCAACUAAAAUUUAUUGGAUUUUUCUACAAUUAAAAAAAUUUCACCCCAAAAACCAACAUCUGAAGUAAAAAAAAGGAAAAGGAAGAAGGAUACGAAAAACAAAAAAAGGAACAUCAAAUAAACGUAAUAAUUUUAUACCUCAACUCUUAAACGCUAAGAUCACUAAAUUGUAAAUUUGUACUUAAGUGUUUAAAUUUUAAGGUUUACACUGAGAAAAUACAUAAAUAAGGAAUCUAGUAAUUUAUAUUUUAAAUAUAAGUUGUAUAGAAAAAAUUUAGCUUCAAGCAACUUCAAGAAUAACAAAAAAAAAAAAAGAAAGUAAUAGAUUAAAUUCUAAAAAACAACCACCCGGAACAAUAAAAGAAAUUUAAGAAGAAAAAAAAAAACAAAAAUUAUAUAAAAUUAAAGUCAUUUGCUUUCUAGCAAAGAGUCACUAGAUUUUAAGUUCUAAAAAAACGCACUUACACAACACCCUCAAUUCACACACACACCCUCAAUUCACACAAACAACCUUCAAGAUGACUAUGAGUACAAAUAAUUGCGAAAGUAUGACCUCAUACUUUACCAACUCCUAUAUGGGUGCAGACAUGCACCAUGGUCACUAUCCGGGUAAUGGUGUUACCGAUCUCGAUGCCCAACAAAUGCAUCACUACAAUCAGACACCAAAUCAUCAAGGCAAUAUGCCUUAUCCACGUUUCCCGCCUUACGAUCGUAUGCCCUACUACAAUGGCCAGGGCAUGGACCAGCAUGGUGUCUACUCGCGACCCGACAGCCCUUCGAGUCAGGUGGGCGGUAUGCCGCCUUCGCAGGCGAAUGGUGGUCAAAUGGUCGGACAACAACAGCAACAACAACAAGCUCAACCUCAACAGCAACAACCAUUAACUGAUGCCCUUCAGCAACAUCAUCCGCAAGUGACGCAACAGGUGACAACGCAUCAACAUCUGCAGCAACAACAGCAACCUGUCGUUUAUGCCAGUUGUAAACUGCAAGCGGCUGUCGGCGGUUUGGGUAUGGUGCCUGAGGGCGGUUCACCUCCCCUGGUCGAUCAAAUGGUGGGGGCACAUCAAAUGAAUCCACAAAUGACAAUGCCACAUCAUAUGCAACAUACACAAGCUCAGUUGGGUUACAAUGAUGUCGGAGUACCCGAUGUUACGGAGGUCCAUCAAAAUCAUCACAACAUGGGCAUGUAUGGUCAACAACAAACCGGAGUACCACCUGUUGGUGGUGUACCACCGCAAGGCAUGGGCAUGCAUCAAGGUCAGGGACCACCACAAAUGCAUCAAGGACAUCCUGGUCAACAUACACCACCAUCACAAAAUCCAAAUUCGCAACCAUCAGGGAUGCCUUCGCCUCUGUAUCCCUGGAUGCGAAGUCAAUUUGAACGCAAACGUGGCCGUCAAACUUAUACUCGCUAUCAAACCUUGGAACUGGAGAAGGAGUUUCAUUUCAAUCGCUAUUUAACCCGCAGAAGACGCAUAGAAAUUGCUCAUGCUCUGUGCUUGACCGAGCGACAAAUAAAAAUCUGGUUCCAAAACAGACGCAUGAAAUGGAAAAAGGAAAACAAAACCAAGGGCGAACCCGGUUCAGGAGGCGAAGGUGAUGAAAUUACACCGCCAAAUAGUCCACAAUAAAACUGCUUACAACAACAACCACAGACAUUAUAAUAAAAUAAUACAAAAAAGGAAAAUACUAAAAAAAAUUGAAAAUAUUAU